CUCUGCCUUUUCAACCAACAUGGGUCCUAAGACGAGGAAGGAAGCCCGAAUUAAGGCCGGCAAGAAGGGUCCUGCUACAAAGGAACCAGCUGCUAAAGUUGCUGCAAGAGCUGAAGCUGCUGCAGCCAAAGCCAAAGCAGAUGCCUUGAAAGCCAAAUCAGAUGCUCAGAAAGCUAGAAAAGCCACACUGAAGGGCACUCAUGCACAGAAGAAGAAGAAGAUUAGAACAACAGCUAAGUUUAGGAGGCCAAGAACCUUGAAAUUAAAAAGGAACCCCAAGUAUCCUCGUCGCAGUGUUCCAAAGCGAAAUAGGUUAGAUCAGUACAACAUCAUUAAAUUUCCACUCACUACAGAGUCCGCUAUGAAAAAAAUAGAAGACAAUAAUACGCUAGUAUUUAUCGUGGCCCUGAAAGCUAACAAGCCACAGAUAAAACAUGCUGUAAAGAAAUUGUAUGAUAUUGCUGUUGCGAAAGUCAAUACACUUAUCAGGCCUGAUGGACAAAAAAAAGCUUAUGUACGUCUUGCUCCUGACUAUGAUGCCCUUGAUGUGGCUAACAAGAUUGGGAUAAUCUAGGAAGUUUGUCCAUGUGGAGGAUAUGUAUUAAAAAAAAAUAAACUAAAAAAUUAUUGAAAUAA